AGCCAUUUUACGAGACGUUUCGGAUCAGCUGAUCGCUUAUUUCAUGAAUGAAAAUUUGACAGAAGGUUGCGACCAAGCCCGUGAGUGUUAAUAUCAAUAUCAACACUGUUGUCGUUUCGUAAAAUAGACUAUGCUGUGUUGCAACAUCAGCCUUGUUUCCCAAAAUUAGCGCAAUUUGGGGAAAAAAUUUGUGUACGUUAUUUCGAAGCAAAAUGUACGUUAUAUCGAAGCACAAAAAACGAAAUGAGUUUUUCAUGAAAACUCCUGUUUUUCAUUAGUGGUUUUGUGAAUUUCACCGAAAUCAUCAUUUAGGGUUCAUUUCACGUCAAAAACAUCAACAUUAGCAUAAAAAAUAUUAAAUUUUUCUCUGCUUCGAUAUAACGUACACUUCGAUAUAACGUACAAAGAGAAAAUUUUUUUGUACGUUAUAUCGAAGAGUACCUGUAUUCUCUUCUUUCCCUUCUUAUUCUACUUUUUCUUCGUCAUCUACUUUUCCUUAUUCUACUUUUCCUUCUUUUCCUACUAUUCCUUCCUCUUCUUUUUUAAUUAUUAUUCUUCUCACCCUUCUUCUUCUUCUCAGCAUAACGUCCCAACUGAGACAAAGUUCACUUCUAAGCCCAGCCCUCUAAGAGCACUCACAGUUAUUGACUGUGUUAUUUACAUCGUGUAUCAAACACGAAGACAUUCCAUUCACAAGGAAGUCGAAGAAACCUUGCACUACGGCAGGUUCCUGGAUCGACCGGGAAUCUUAACCGAAACCCUCAGUGUGCGCGAGGAUGCCCACCGUGCACACUACCACCAACCUGGUCGAUAAAAUUGAUCAACCUUCUGUAUCGGGGAUCUACGCAGCUGUCAACGAGGUGAACAAAGAUAAAACAACACAAAACAAAUAGCUAGACAAACGUGGUUUGGAAUUUCUAUUUUCUUGAUUUCUAUAAUAAUUACUGAAUUACUAGUUGAUUUGAAUUAAUUUCUAUAUUUAUUAUUGGAAUUUGUAAGUACACCUAAAUAAACAUAUAUAACAUUAAAUUUACCAAAAUUUGUACGACACAGACACAUUAAAAUCAACUAAAAGGUUGCGGACAGCGACAGACAAAUUAAAAGGAAGGACUAAAAACCUUAAAGCAUUCUCUAAAGCAAAAACGAGUCUGCUAAAUAGGAGUCCCGAAACUUUUCCCAUUGUCGCAUCAACCGCAACAAACUUUAAGGUUUUUAACCUCACAAAGUGAGUGCAUCAGGACGACUAGAAUGUCGGGAUCUGAUAAAUCGACCCGAAGACGCAGCGUCAUCCGACAACUGACGGAAGAGGAGAGUUCGGCGACUGGAUGUUGUCCCUUGUGCGACCGACCCGAUGUAGCCGAUAAAUGGAUGGUGCAGUGCGACCUGUGCGAGCGGUGGUUCCACUUCACCUGCGCGAAGGUUGACGAGAAUGUCAAGGAUAGAAGUUUUGCAUGCGGGAAAUGCGCUCUACCAUCCGGUCGGGAAUCGACACGAACUUCUUCCAGUACUAGUUCGUCGAGGAGACGGUUAGAACUCCUUCGAUUGCAGGAGGAAAAGGAGCUCCAAGAGAAGUUAUUGAUGGAGCAAGCGGAGGAGGAAUGCGCUCUGCAAAAGAAGGCACAAGAAGAGGAAAAGGAGAGGAGGAAGAGGAUCAUGCAGGAAAAAUUGGAGAUAGCCAAGCAGUAUUUGAAUAGGAAGUACGAAGUACUGCAGGAGGAGGAGCGAUCGAACGAAGGUAGGAGUCGGAAAAGUCUCUCCAGCACUCGGAGCAAACUCAGCGACGUUCAAAAAUGGGUCGAGAACCACGGUAUGGCCAUGGCAACUGGAUCCGGGAUGAGUCAAGUCCCCACCGGCACCACACCAAUCACCGAAGCUGGCCCCAGGGAUGAAUCUGCUAGACUUCCGUGUGGCGGGACAUUUCAAGGCACUGCUGCUCAACCCGAUGUUCCUAAAGAGCCUGUUGCAGUUACUGGCGCGUACGAUCAAAGCAAUAUUGCCUCGUGGGGAAUUCUGGUACCUCGCGCGGUCCAAAAUCCUGAAAAUUCGGUCCCGGCUCCACCACCCCCACCUCCUACUACUUCUAGCACUCCUGUCUAUAUGAGGCAGGGUUCGCGCACCUCCGCUUUUCUCGCCGCAGCCGAUAUAUCUUUGCCCACGUCUGCGCAGCAAGUUGGACAACUGAUGUAUUCAAUGGAGAUAUCGCCACCUCCCAGCGGCGACAAGUCUAGGGCUGACUUAGAACGGGAAGUUCGAGAGCUGAAGCAGCAAUUGGCCAGCAUUCAACAGCCGUCGUCUAAUCAGCGCCAUCCGUUUCCCACUCCGAGUAGCAGCAGUACGUCGGAUGCAGUAACUACUAGCAUAAGUAUCACGACAGGUGCAGGUAUGUUAAACGCGCAAGCUCCGUUACCAACGGUUAGAGAACUAAGUAGGCAGGCACACAAUCCUAUUAGUUAUCCGGUAAGGAAUCAGGCUCAGAAUGUUAGCAUUGCUCAGGGGUUUGUAACAAAUUGUAACACAAUGAACACUGUAGUGAGCUCUAACUCGUUGCCUCACCGAGGCUCGAUAGUUUCGUCAAGUGCUGGGCUAUGGGAUCCUAACUACACCGGUAGCUGUUUCUACCCGGUAGUUUCCGCCAGUCAUUUAUCGCGACAGUACGAACCAAGUGCCGCGCAUCCUCCUGUUCGGCAUUCGUCUUUCCCGUUUGGUGUUCCCACCGGGCAUUCGUCGGGGCAAUACGCACAAAGUCAGCCGAAUCCUCGCAAUCAAUAUUCGACAUUUCCGCUUAAUGCUCCCUCCUACCCGUUCGUCGCGAGUGUAUCGAGUGUUCCAAAUCCGAUCGUUACGCCGCUACCGUCAAGCAGAGUCGCUCAUGAUCUUCCAGUCUCAUCGUGUGGACCGAGUUCACAGCAAAUCGCUGCAAGACACGUGGUGCCCUAGGAGCUACCAGAGUUUGCCGGCGACCCCAUAGACUGGCCGCUGUUCGUGAGUAGCUACAACAACUCAACGCGUAUGUGUGGAUAUACCGAUGACGAGAACCUCAUGCGUC